GAAACCCUUUCGCUUGAUACCGGAAAUGUAAUGACAUCUCUUCCCCUCGCGAUCUUGCCGUAAACAGCUUCAACGCACAAGACAUUUCUCGAGCAUAGAGUGUUGUUUCAUCCCAGAUUUUUCGUACCAGAAUUUAAACUAGGAUUCAAUUUAACACGAACAUGUCGCACACGAUCCUGUUGGUUCAGCCCACCAAGAGACCCGAAGGCCGGACAUACGCUGACUACGAGUCGGUGAAUGAAUGCAUGGAAGGUGUGUGCAAAAUGUACGAAGAGCAUCUCAAGAGGAUGAACCCCAACAGCCCGUCUAUCACAUACGAUAUUAGCCAGUUGUUUGACUUCAUUGAUGACUUGGCAGACCUGAGCUGUCUUGUUUACAGAGCGGACACCCAAACGUACCAGCCGUACAACAAAGACUGGAUCAAGGAGAAGAUUUACGUCCUAUUGAGACGUCAAGCUCACCAAGCGGGGAAGUAGUGAGACCGAUGUCACCGUUGUUCUUCGAUACACAUCCCAAAGGAGUCGAUGAAACACGGCUACAUUUCGAAAACUUCUCUUGAGAUUUGUGUGAUGGAGGACAAGGGGAUGCUUUAAAUGAGAGGAUGUCCAUUUUUUUUUCGGGGGCAGUCUGGGUCUGGCGGUGGCCCUUUGGUUUCUAACUGGGUUAACUUUUUUUUUUUACUUGCUAUUCUCGGUUACGCGUCCAAGUCAGUUUCCGUGCUGUGGAAUUUCAAUUAAAAUUGUUAUGGAGUGACGACACAAAAUUUACAAGAGUUGUAUUUUGUUUUUGUUAUUCUGACUACUGUGGUUACUUUAGUGACACUUAAUACUGUUUUGUUUUCUUUUUUUGCAAACUUUUUUUCUUUUUUUUACACAAUGUAUCGGAUUCCUAUGAUUCAAACAUCAUUUUGGCUAUGGAACUGUUCUUUAAUAAACAACUUGAAAGCGA